AUGUGGAACAGCAAAGUUGACACCUUUCAGUUCAAACUGUCCAAUGAUCUCCCUAAGAUAAAUGUCACCAAAAGGCAGAUUCUUUCAGUCAUCGCUAGGAUCUAUGAUCCCCUUGGGUUGCUUGGUCCAAUAGUCACCAAUGCGAAACUCAUUCUUCAGGCAGCAUGGCAGUGCAAAACUGAUUGGGAUAUGAUAGUUCCCGGUGAACUGCAGCACAGAUGGGCAUCGUUUAUCAAUGACCUCCCAUCAAUUGAACUUUUACGAAUACCUAGAUGGGUAGUGAAUGUGGAGUCCCCAGCGCAGGUGGAACUACACGUUUUCUCAGAUGCAAGUUCACUUGCAUAUGGAGCCGCCAUUUUUUUGGUCUGUGAAGAUGUCAAUGGACACAGGUCAUCCGGACUUCUCACUGCCAAGUCAAAAAUAACCCCUUUAAAGUCAACGGAAGCUCAAGGAAAUGAACUCACCAUUCCUAAGGCAGAAUUGCUUGGGGCUCAAAUGGCGGCAGAGUUGAUGUUCAUGGUCUCAAAAGCAUUGGGCAUUGAACGGAAAUUUUAUUGGACAGAUGCAGCUGUUGUUCUGCACCAAAUUUAUUCUCCAUCAGAGAAGCGAGAAACAUUUGUUCGAAAUAAGGUUCGCAUUAUUCGAAAAUUGUCACAGGCUGAGGAGUGGGGCCAUGUUCCGACGAAACAAAACCCAGCAGAUGCUCUUUCUAGAGGUUCUACUGUUCAGGAGUUGAUGGUCAACAAUCUAUGGUGGUUAGGACCAGAUUGGUUGACAAAAGGAACAGAUUCUUGGCCAGUUGCCUUUUCCCCUCAUACCUUUUCCAUUACAAGAGACACUUCUUUAGCAUCAGUUAACGUGGUGUUAAAGGAAGAAAAGAGUGAUCAUCCUCAGAAUUCUGUAUAUGCGUUUCUCAUUUCCCGUAUCAGUCUCUUCAGAAAAAUGCAAAGAGUCUUAGCAUGGUGUUUGCGAGCGAGUACUAUCUUCAAAACUCGUAAGGGUAGAACAACUCGCAGCAUGGCUCAUGGAAAUACCCUUUCUGGCCCCCUCACAGCAGAGGAACUUCUUCGUGCAGAGACACUUAUUAUAAAAUGGGAACAACACGAUCAUUUACUCCCAAUCAUCACAGCAGUGAAAAAGGGUAAUUUGAACCAACAGCCAAAAUUUAAAUUUGUACGUCGCUUAAGGCCUUUCUUGGAUGAUGAUGGAUUACUGAGAGUUGGUGGGCGUUUGCACAAUUCUGCAGAACCAUACGAUACACAACACCCAAAAAUUCUUCCUAAAGGGAAAUUGGCAAACUUGCUAGCUCUACAAUUCCAUCUCAAUCUUCUUCAUGGUGGACCAACUAUUUUGUUGUCAUCCUUACGACAACGUUACUGGCCACUUGGAUGCCGCAGCUUAGCACGUCAAACUGUACACAAUUGUGUUCCCUGCUUUAAAGCAAAACCCCAAUUCCAGACACAAAUUAUGGCUGACUUACCAGAGCACAGAGUUACUAAUCUGCGCCCUUUCUUUGCUACUGGAAUGGACUUUGCUGGGCCCCUAUUACUAAGGUCAGGAUCCAGGAAAGCCCCUCCAUCCAAGGCAUAUAUAAUUGUGAUGGUGUGUAUGUCCACAAAGGCUACACAUUUGGACUUUGUUAGCUCACUGGCUACAGACGCUUUUAUUGCAAGCCUACGUCGAUUCACCGCCAGACGUGGAAUACCGAGUUUUAUCUACAGUGAUAAUGGUACAACGUUUGUUGGAGCUGACAGCGAACUCAAGAAAAUGCUGCAAUUCAUGUCGUUCAAUGAGGAAAUUGGAAACUUUAUGGCUUCCUUGGAGAUCAAAUGGAGGUUCCAACCUCCCAGAGCACCCCAUCAUGGCGGUCUCUGGGAGGCUACUGUCAAGUCCUGCAAGUAUCAUUUAAAACGUGUUCUUGGGCUGACUCCACUAACAUUUGAAGAGAUGAGUACCAUUUUAUGUCAUAUUGAAGCUGUUUUAAACAGCAGACCACUUUUUCAACUUCCCUCUGUCUCAGACGUCAAGGAUCCAUCUUGCUUGACACCGGGACAUUUUCUGGUUGGAUCGGCAUUGACACAGUUGCCAGACCCGAACCUUGGACAUCUAUUAAUAAACCGAUUGGAUAGAUGGCAAUUGUGUCAGAGACUGCAGCAGAAUUUCACCGAUCAGUGGAAACGGGACUACCUUCAUACAUUGCAGACCAGGGUUAAGUGGAGCAAAGAGUUUCCCAACAUUAAAGUGGGAGAUGUAGUUUUGCAUUUGGAUGAGCAAACACCCUCUACUUCAUGGCCACUUGGCUUGAUUUCAUCUGUAUUUCCAGGAAAGGAUGGAAAAAUUCGAGUUGUUGAUGUAAAUACAGCUAAGGGCAAAUUUAGAAGACCCAUUACAAAGAUAGUCAAACUUCCAACCAAUGAUGAAUUAGAGAAGAAUUGGCCUCUUUCUGGGGAGGAUGUUCGCGCUCAAAAUUUCGACACAGCACUGUAA